CCACCUAUCCACAGCAGCAGGAGUCGAGCAAAGAAAGCACACCGGAGAGAAAUGGAGGCAUUGAAAGUAUGGAGCCUAACGGCGACGCCGUUGAGGCAAUUACUCCGUCUAUCUUCCUCUACGCGUCUCUUCACCUCAAUAUACGGCAGAAGAUCCUACCACUCAUCACCGGCGCUCCGAUGUGCCUCCGCCGCUUCUUCUUCUUCUUCAUCCAAUGCCGCGACGGCUGAAACUCCCAAACCAUCCGGCCGAAACAGAAGGUCACCGUCGUCUUCCAAUUCCACCUCCGAUCGUGAGGCUAUCCGUUCCAUUCGUCUAAAAAAGGUUGAAGAGCUGAGAGGUCAAGGUCUUGAACCUUAUGCUUACAAGUGGGAAAAAUCUCACAGUGCAAAUCAGCUCCAAGAGAUAUAUAAGCAUCUAGCAAAUGGCGAGGAAUCAAACAAUGACAGUGAUCGUGUUUCUGUAGCCGGGAGAGUCGUUGCUCGCAGAGCGUUUGGGAAACUUGCAUUCUUGACUCUGAGGGAUGACUCCGGAACUAUUCAGCUCUACUGUGAGAAGGAAAGGCUUUCAGAUGAACAGUUUGAACAGCUGAAAGCAUUUAUUGAUAUUGGUGAUAUUUUGGGUGCUAGUGGCUCAAUGAAGAGGACUGAGAAAGGGGAGCUUUCUAUUUGUGUGAAUUCUUUUUCGAUUCUCACAAAAUCCCUCCUUCCACUGCCAGACAAAUAUCAUGGUCUAACCGAUAUCGAUAAACGUUACCGUCAACGGUAUGUUGAUAUGAUUGCUAAUCCUGAAGUGGCUGAUGUAUUCCGGAAAAGGGCAAAAAUUGUGUCAGAGAUACGCAGGACAGUUGAGUCUUAUGAUUAUUUGGAGGUUGAAACUCCAGUUCUCCAGGGAGCAGCUGGUGGAGCCGAAGCCAGACCUUUUGUAACGUAUCAUAACUCACUUGGGAGGGAUCUCUACCUGAGGAUUGCAACUGAGCUUCACUUGAAAAGAAUGCUGGUUGGGGGGUUUGAGAAAGUGUAUGAAAUUGGUCGUAUAUUUAGAAACGAAGGCAUUUCAACACGUCACAAUCCUGAAUUCACAACCAUCGAGAUGUAUGAAGCUUAUUCAGACUACCAAAACAUGAUGGACAUGGCAGAAUUAAUCGUCACUAACUGUGCAAUGGCAGUUCAUGGGAAGCUAACGAUUGAUUACCAGGGAACAGAGAUCUGCCUCGAGCGACCCUGGAGGAGAGAAACCAUGCAUAAUCUUGUUAAAGAGAUAACAGGAAUCGAUUUCAGUGAGCUAGGGGAAGAUCUCAGAAAUGCCAAAGACACAGUUCUGCUGGCACUCCAAGACGUGCUUGAACCCAAGGACAAAUCUGGAAUUGGAGCUUGCUCUUCUCUAGGCCAUCUUCUUAAUGAGGUUUUUGAAGUUGUUGUAGAGCCAAAGCUUGUGCAGCCAACAUUUGUAUUAGACUACCCAAUCGAAAUAUCUCCCUUGGCCAAGCCACAUCGCAGCAAUGCAGGUUUGACUGAAAGAUUUGAGCUGUUCAUCUGUGGCCGUGAAAUGGCAAACGCAUUCUCCGAAUUGACUGAUCCCGUGGACCAGAGGACGCGGUUGGAAGAGCAAGUAAGGCAGCAUAACGCAAAGCGAGCAGCGGCUGCACCAGAAACUACUGAACAAAACGCAAAGAAAGAAGAUGAUGAUGAUGAUGAUGAUGAUGAUGAUGAUGAUGAUUCAUAUGAGGUGACCCUCGACGAAGACUUCCUCACUGCCCUUGAAUAUGGAAUGCCUCCGGCAUCGGGAAUGGGACUUGGAAUCGACAGGCUGGUGAUGUUGUUGACUAACUCCGCGAGUAUAAGAGACGUCAUUGCCUUUCCUGUUCUGAAAGUGCAGCAGUAACACUUAUGCCUGUCCUAAAUACCUCCAAAAUAUAUCCAAAUCCGUUUGGAGGAUUCUGACUUUUGCUCUCCAUUCUCCAUUUUUUCAUUGACUUGUUUUAAGCAUGUAGAUACUAUGUAUUAGCCACAUGUUGAGGGUACUGAUGAUUGAGGAAACACAGAUUCAGCUUUCUUGUAGAAAAAGAAACUUCACGCUCUCUUCUCUUAUUUUUAUCCGUUUUUCUAAUUGAUUCUGUGUCGACAAAACAUGAUCUCCUGUUGUUUAGGUUAGAGACAAAGCUAUAAACAAAAAGAACUUUAAUCAUUAGUUUUCCAUUAAUUUAUGUUGUUUUACCAAAUUUUAUGUAUUUUUUUUGAAGGACAAGCUAGCGCCAAUGUCUAAACAUGGAUUAUACGAAUUAAAGAUUUAUGUUUUUUUUAUAUGGGAUAAUAUUGCUUUUAGGUUUAAGCUUUAUACCUGGAUGAGGUUACUUGUGGAAUGUAUCGGACCAAUUAUACAUGAUUGAUGCCUAGACAAUAAUAAGCAAAUCUCAUGCAUGUGUGAGACAACUUGUAUGGCUUUUGAGUUUGAUUGAUCUCAACAUUUAUGUCAGAACUGAGAAGCAUCCUAUGUCGCAUCAUUAUUCUCUAUAUUGGCACACGCAUUAUAUAUUUAUAUGCAUUUAUAUACCUAGGUCUAGGUCUAGG